AUGCUCAAGCUAUUCAUCGUCGCACUGUUCGCCUUGGUCGCUCUCGCAGCCACCGAGAAAUCGGCAUCCCAACUCCAAAUUGGCGUCAAGUACAAACCAGAUGACUGCCCGUUGAAAACCAGGAAGGGCGAUAAGCUCAGCAUGCACUACACCGGCACACUUGCCAAAGAUGGCUCGAAAUUCGACUCCUCUCUGGACCGCAACCAGCCUUUCGAGUUCACGAUCGGCGCAGGUCAGGUCAUUCAGGGGUGGGAGCAGGGACUGCUUUCGAUGUGUGUCUCGGAGAAGCGAAAGUUGACCAUCCCGCCCGAGCUGGGCUAUGGAGCUCGUGGCCACCCCCCUGUCAUUCCCCCUGAUUCCACGCUGGUCUUUGAAGUCGAGCUGCUCGGUAUCAAGAAUCGCUUUGUCGACGAGCUAUAA